AGGGCCAGGGGCGGAGCAGGCUGGGCAGCCGCAAGAAGAGGAAGCGCCGCUGCUGCUGGGGCGGCCCCGGAACGUUCCGCUGGCUGCAGCAGAUUCGGCACCGUCUGGAUCCCGGGGAAGCAGCAGGACGGAGUCAGCUGCCGGGCUCCUUCCCCCCGAGCUCCCCUAGGGUGUAUGCGCCGCUUCCCAGCCCUGGAUCGCCGGGCGCUUCCCCCUCCCCGUGUGUGUGCCGCAUCCCGCCGUCCGGAGCUGCCUUUGCUGCUAUGAGGCUGCUGGAGACCGAUCUGCAGGUCCUGACCCGGGAGCUGUCCCUGUACCUGGAGAUCCAGGUGCCGGCGGGGCUCUUCGGUUCCGGUGUGGGCUUGUCCCUGGUGCUGGGCUUCAGCGCCGCCUUCGCCUGCUAUUACCUCAGUAGCAUCGCCAAGAAACCUCAGUUGGUGACUGGCAGUGAGAGCUUCAGCCGCUUUCUCCAAGAACAUUGUCCUGUAGUGUCAGAAACUUACUACCCCACAGUAUGGUGCUGGGAGGGCCGGGUGCAGACCCUCUUGCGUCCCUUCAUCACCUCAAGAUCCCCAGUGCAGUACAGGAAUGAGCUUAUUAAAACACCAGAUGGAGGACAGAUUUCACUGGAUUGGUUUGAUAAUAAUGACAGCAUAUGUUUUCCGGAUGCCAGCACAAGACCCACUAUCCUAUUACUGCCUGGCCUCACAGGAACAAGCAAGGAAUCCUACAUUCUUCACAUGAUCCAACAGAGUGAAAUGCUGGGAUAUAGAUGUGUGGUUUUUAACAACCGAGGAACUGCUGGUGAGACUCUCUUGACACCAAGGACUUACUGUGCUGCUAACACAGAGGAUUUGGAAGCUGUUAUUCAUCAUAUACACAACAUGCAUGCCUCAGCUCCAUUUAUGGCAGCAGGUGUUUCUAUGGGAGGCAUGCUUCUUUUAAAUUACCUGGGCCAAACUGGCCGAGAAACCCCUUUGAUGGCAGCUGCAAUUUUCUCCGCGGGUUGGAAUGUUUUUGAGUCUGCGGAAUCAUUGGAGAAACCACUAAAUUGGCUUCUCUUUAACUACUACUUGACUACUUGUUUACAGUCCUCUAUUAGUAGACAUCGACAAACGUUAGAGAAAUUAUUUGAUCUGAAUCUUGUCAUGAAGGCUAAAACCAUUAGGGAGUUUGAUAAGCAAUUCACCUCAGUCAUGUUUGGCUACCGUACACUUGAUGAUUACUAUGUAGAUGCUAGUCCAUGUCGCAAGCUGAAGUCAAUAGGAAUUCCAGUGUUAUGUCUAAAUGCUCUGGAUGAUGUUUUUUCACCAGGUCAUGCUAUACCCAUAGAAACUGCCAAACAAAAUCCAAAUGUUGCUUUGGUUCUUACUUCUUGUGGAGGCCACAUUGGUUUUUUAGAAGGAAUGUGGCCAAGGAAGUGUACUUACAUGGACAGAGUCUUCAAGCAGUUUGUGCAGGCUGUGUUUGAGCAUGAAAACCAAAUCUGCAGCAUGUAGCUCUUCUGAGGCAUCUUGUCCAGACCAUUGUUUCAGCACAGUGGCAUGAUCUGACAAGAGAAGCUCAGCCUAAUGCACAAAUUUUAAUUACUGUGUAUACAGCAAACAAGCCAGCCGUUGGAUGAAAUCCAUUACUAUGUGCAAAAAAUACCUUUUGCCUAAAAUUUUGUAGCAAGAAAUAAAUAUUACGUUGGCACUUUUGUAGUUUUUUAAUAUGCCUUAUCAAGAAUGACCUUAAAUAAAACAGCACUCUAAAUAUAUCAAAUUGCACUUAACCAAAACCAUUAAGCCAACAGGUUAUAAUUCCUCAGGGGUUUAAUUUAAGACAGUUCAUUUUUAGGAGACUCAAUUUAGAUGACUUGUAAUAUAACAGUUUUAGUAACUAACUCUCAAAAUUACAUUUAUUAUAUUUUAAAGUAUGUUACAGGUUGAUCCAUUUCUAAGGGCAUUGAUGAGAAAAAUAUUUAAAUAUGAAAAUAGAAGGAACAUAAAACAGGACUGAUUCAUCAAAGUAAUCUUUAGGUUUAAGCAUGGACUGCAGCAGUAUUAGACUGAUAAUUUCAUUUGCUGUUUUACUCUUUGAAAAUAUUCAGAUUUAGGGCUGUUUUUUAUUAUUAAUUAAUUAUUAGUAUUAUUAUUUAUUUAUAAUGCCAAUACCAUAUUUGUCUUAUAUGUUUAUUUUUAACAUUGUUAGCUAAUUUGUAGUAUUUAUAUAUUACCAAAGGUUCUGUUGAAAUAUAGUACUGUAAUAAACUAUGUAAUUUUAAACCAACACACUUUGUACUUCCUAAUUUAUGUAAUCUUGUAUAGUGUUAUAUAUGUAAUACAUAUUCCAUGUAAAGGUGGCAAAUAACAAAUUGCAUAAUUCUAUAAUUUAAGUUUAUAUUACCCUACAAGAACAUAUGAGUUUUAAAAAAUAUACAUUAGAAAGUCAGGAGAUUAUGUCACUGUCAACUUUAAAACCACAUUUCCAUCUGAACAAUUUGUCUCUGCUAUUGUCCCAAGUAAUACCUAAAACGAGUAACUGAAAGAGAUGGUGGGGGGAAGGAAAUCUAUUUUUUUAAGUUUUCUUGCUUUGUGCACGUGACAGCACUUUGUAUAUAGUCAGUUUCUUUGUUUUGUUGAUGCUCUGACAAAUACUUGGAGCUACAAUGGUCCUCCUGCGCAGUUUUUCUGGCACAAGGACUGUAAAGCUGGCUUCACCACCUGCCUGAACAGGCAUCAGAAAAGAGAGCACAAGGCGAAGGAUACACCUGAGCAUGUUUGGCUGCAUUGCUGUUAGCUUGCUCCAAAGAGCCUUCUACAUCUCAUCUAGUAAGCAAAUAUAUAAAAUAAAUUUCAGGACAUGCUAUAAAAAGGGUGCUCUGACAGAAAAUUGAAAUUAGUCAAUUAAAAAAAAUUGAAGUGUCUUUUUAAGGUUGAACUUUUUAAACAAGGCAUUGAAUCUCAACCAAGUAACAGAUAUCACCUUAACUCUGCCCUUGUAGAGCCAACACAAGAAAAAUCAAAUGUAAAAGCCAAAUGAAACUGCACAUGUUAAUACAUGAAUGAUUUUUAGAUGCCUUAUGUGUGCUCAUAUCGAUUUUCAGAACACAAGGUUUGUGCACAUACAAGCAUGUCACUUAACUAAUAAAUAAAUUAUGGAAUCAA